AUGGUGGAACUUGCUUUUCCUUGUCAGUACUUCAUGUUAUCGCCCAACUACAACAGCCAAGCAAGUGCCUUUCUCCUAGGCUUCUCUCUCCUGUCAACAAAAAGGAAGAUGAAAAGUUGCAAGAAAAGUGAUACACUUGAGAGAAAAAUCGUUGAAAAGAAUAGAAGAAUCCAGAUGAAAGCGCUUUGCUUCAAACUUGUCUCUCUUACUACUCCCAAAAGUACUAUUGAUUAUAUUCUUGAUAUAUCUCCAAAGACAGAUCAGUUAGACGAUGCAGCUGAGUACAUAAAAGAAUUGAGAAAGAGAAUAGAUGACCUGCAGAGAAAUAAAAAUGAAAUGAAUCACGGGGGCGAACAAGAAUAUAUCAGCACCAAUAGUAUUAGCAGUAGUUGUUCAUCAUCAAGUACUUCUACCAUGACCGAUAAGAACUUAUCAGGAGCAACUUUGCCGAUACUUGAAGUUAAAGACUUCGAAACUGCUAUGGUAGUGCUAGUUGUAACUGGUUUGAACAAAAACUUCAUGCUUUAUCAACUUAUUACCGUCCUCGAAGAACACGGAGCUGAGGUCGUCAAUGCUAGUUUCCCUACGGUUAAUGAUAAGAUUUUCCACACAAUUCAUUCUCAGGUUAGAUGCUCCAGACUUGGGGUUGACACUUCAAAGAUAUGUGAAGGAUUGAAGAAAUUAGUUUAUGCUUAG